ACCGCCACCACCUCCUCGACUCACGCCUCCUCCUCCACCACCACCCACCAACACCGCACAGAACGCUCUCUCGGAGGUUUACGUCCUGCGCUCAGCGAAUGAGCGUCGUCCUGCGAAAGUGUUUGUUUUUAGCUUUUUUUUUAUGGAUUUAGCUCCGUACGCUUCUCUCCUUAACUAGCAUUGGGAUUUCCCACUUUGGAUGGACGGAUGGAGGAACGCUCCACACACGCAACGCAAAGAGAGGGAAACAUGCAGCUGACAGAAGCCCAGCGACGGGGACCCUGACCUGAGCCACCGGUGAACGACUGCGUCUCAUUCAUAGGGGGGUACUUUAGUGGAAGUAUAGGAAAAUAAUACGUUCGUUUUCUCUGCAAUAUUUCGUGUCGACCGACUCUGAGUGCAUGUUUCGGCUGUGUUUAUACACUUCCAUGUUGGCCUUAAUAAAACGAAUCCAGUGUAAACUCCCACAACUUGGUUCAGUCGAGUUUCGCUCGUUUGGGACGCUCACUUUUUUUUUAAACUGAACUGAAAAUCAGAAUAGUUUGACGUGGUGAGAAUCAGCAUGGCUAAAAAGUCCUUCGAGGGACACCGGGAUGACCUCCUGAGCAACGUGACGGACGAGGAGCUCCUGCGGAGCGGCAAAGAAGACCUGGUCCGGAGACUGCGACGGGUGGACGGCGAGAAGAUGAACCUGAUGAUCGAGCAGGGGAACUUGAUGAAGGACAUCAACAGGCGUCUGCAGGUGCACCUUCAUGAGAUCCGGAGCUUGAAGGAGAUCAACCAAAAGCUCCAGGACGACAACCACGAGCUGCGGGAGCUCUGCUGCUUCCUGGACGACGACCGGCAGAAGGGCAAGAAACUGUCCCGCGAGUGGCAGCGGUUCGGCCGCUACACGGCCACCAACAUGUGGAAGGAGGUCGGCACCUACAUGAUGAAGCUGAAGGAGCUGGAGGUCAACCAGGACAGCGUGGCGCGGGAAAACGGCGAGCUGAAGGAGAUCAUCCUCAUGCUGGACGAGGAGAGGAACGGAGCCGGGUCACGGAGCUCCAUAGACAGUCAGUCCAGUUUGACCAACCUCAACGGUGGCACUGGUACCGUCCGGGACGUCGGGGACGGCAGCAGCACGUCCAGUAGUACCGGUAGUGCUGGCAGCCCCGACCACCAGCACCACCACCAAAACAACAACCACAUCCACAGCGACGCGCACAAGCCCGGCCCUGAGGGCACUAAAGUAGGCAACACUAUGAGGAGGUCCAUGGAUGACUUGUCCGCCGCUAACCAUCAUAGGAGCAUCCCCAAUGGGCUGAACGACUCCUCAACUCACUACAUCAGACAGCUGGAGACUAAGGUGCGAAUCCUGGAGGAUGAUAACAAUAAGCUUCUGUCACAGGCCCACAGCCGCUCUAGCUUGUCACAGUUACCUACCAAGAAGUGCAACCCAGGUGACCUGCGAGCCCUGCGGAAAGGACUGACCCUCUACCACUCCGAGUCCCAGCUGUCCUCUCUGCCGCAGCGACAGGAAGCCAUGCUCAUGGGCAACGGGCGUCUCCCCACCAGUGAGUCUUCCCCCCCCACCGGCUACCUGUCCUGCGGCCAGAAGCCUGAGGCCGUGGUCCAUGCAAUGAAGGUGCUGCAGGUGCAUGAGAACAUGGACAAGCCCCUUCCUGAGGACUAUGAGGAGGACCUGAGCGAGAAGGAGAAGGCCAUCGUUCGGGAGAUGUGCAACGUGGUGUGGAGGAAGCUGGGCGAUGCCGCCGGAUCAAAGCCGUCUGUCCGACAGCAGCUCUCUGGGAAUCAGUUCAAAGGGCCUCUGUAGCACGGCAACCACAAAGAGCGUCCCGUGUUCAAACUGAAUCCACUUCGUAUUACCUGCCUACACUUCCCAUCAUGCCGUGCUCCUUACUGCCUACCGUACCCAGUACCUGCCACUUUUUCGUCAAUACACAAGACUGGAUCGAGAUAGGAUCCCCUCAAACUUCAGAGUUGGACUUGUAGUCUCCACCCUCUCCAGUGGUACAACCCUAUUAUGCAUAAAAUUUUUUUUUUAUUAGGCCUCAUAAAAGUGUUGACAAGGGGCAGCUAGUUUCACUUCUUUGCCACUUUCUUUGAUUCACUUUCGGCUUUGGUUUUAUUGUACGUUAUUUUGUCCCUCUCAUAAACACACAAAAACGUGGGUCACAUAAAACAUUAUCCGUGACCCGUUUUUUUAUUUUCACUUUAUAAUCCUUGACAUUCACACAUGUACCAGUUCGAGCUGUCUGGUAAUGCUGACGUGGUGUCAAGCCAACAAGAAUUUAGGACGCUAAUGGUCCAACCCAGUCUCAUGGAAAUACGUGACACUGUCAUUCGUGAUCUGGGACACGUAUUUUUCAAUUUUUUCGUGCCAAAAGCACCAAAAAAAUAGCACGAUUUUUUUUUAAUUACGUGUCCCAGAUCAUGAAUGUAUAGAUUAAAAGAUGUGACAGUGUCACGUAUUUCCGUGAGAAUGGGUUGAAUGGUCGGAACACUUUAGAAGCGAGACAUUCGUGUUAAGGCAAUAUAUAGACCCCAUACCAGCUAACCUAGCUCCCUUUGAAAUUAGCUCCUUCACUCCUUAUUGCGCCAUGAGUGCUAUUAGCAUUAGCCUCUCAAGUUGUUAAACAAGUGAGUCCCCAGUGUGAUCUUGCACCUUCUGCUCGUUACGCAGGUCUAUUCAAACGACAGUAGCCUAUAUGGAGCACUGUUAACGUGUGUAUAAUAUGUACAAAUCUAUAGCACUACUUGGUUGAUAUUGAUAAUAUCUAGUUGAUUUUUAGUUUAUAUUGUUUUUGUUCUUUUUGUAUGUAUCCUUGUGUGGCCAUGUGAUCAAAUAUUAUAUAGACCUGUCGUUUGCCAAACCAGACGACUGGAUUAUGAACAGGGUUUUUGAUUUGAAUGAACCUUUUCACAGUUCCUUUUGUUAUUUUGUCCCUUGGCUGAAAAUGUGUAAAGAUUAAAUCACCUCAAUCAGUAUACACUCGACAAUCACGCUCUCAGGUUUGGGGGUCUUUUCCCUUGCCCAUCUGUGUGUGUGUGUGUGUGUGUGUGUGUGUGUGUGUGUGUGUGUGUGUGUGUGUGUGUGUGCCUCCAAACGCGAGCUAAUGGAGUUAAGACUUGCUCUUCUGAAAUUGUAGUAUGCUUGAUAAUCUUGUUUUCCCCCCCCAAUUAUCGGACCCUACUUCUGACACAAUUAGUAUCUGCUGAAGACAUUUGCUACAUUAUCAUCCUAGGCCGUCACACAAAGGUGAUUGACAAUUAAUUUGUUGAUAAUCUCAUAGCACCCUGAGAUACAAUGCAGAGUCAACUAUUGACAUCCAACUAUCCAAACCGAAAAUGUUUUGCGUACACCUAGUUUUGUGGAUUCAGCAAAUGUGUUUGAGCAGGGCAUGCUUUUGAUUUAAUUUUAUUCCAUUUUUGGUUCAUACUGUAAGAUUGAUUAAGUCUACCCUUAGAUGUCACUUUUAACAGGAAUUUCUCCUUGAUGUCAGAACGAACAAGCACUGUUAGCCAAUAUGUUUAUGUUAAGUCUAUGAUUUGCGAUUCAAUUGGAAAAGUGACCUCUGUUUUGGCCUCUAUGUCCUACAGCUCAGGAUCUUCCAUUUCCAGUUUUUAGUUGUACCAAGUGUAGUUAAGGGUGCUUUCCGUUCUUAUAUCUCAAACCAUUGGUCUGCAAAAAUCUUCAUUUCUUUUAUGUAAUUUUUUCUACCCAUUUGAAGCCAUGAUACAGUUGUAGACCUACAUUCUGUUUGACCUGUAACCUGCCACUUGUUUUAUGCAUGGUGUUCUGAAUUGGAAUUAUUCUUUUUUAUUUAAUGUCUGUCGUUUUUCAUGCAGAUGUGCAAAACCAUGACACAGAAUUUAUAGAAUAUACCAUGUAAAUGUCGAUUUCUGUAGCAAAGGCAUGAUUUAUGAAACACACCAAUAUCAGGUAUUGGCGGCUAUAAAUAAAAUAAAUACACACGACUUUUAGCGGUGAAAGUGAGAAAAUCGAUUCAUUUUAAAAGCUUUGCUGUGAAUCGGGGACAGCGCGACCGAUUCAACUUGAGUAAGACUGCCCCCUGGUGGAAAUGUACAAUAAAACUAUUUAGCUAUUCUCUCCCUGGUCAAGGGCUUGGGAAGCUGGGAUUGGCGUCCGCCUAUUAUUCACCGCGGGUCGACAAAUACACAAGUGUGAGCCAUUACAAGCGGUUUGAAAGUUCUAUGCCAUUUCUUUUGUUUCAGUGAUACAUCUAGCUGGUCACAUCCACUUGUGAUGAUGAUUUCAUCCAACAGCUCAUACAAACCAACAACUGUCAAACAUUUAAUCUAAAAAAGUAUAUCCAAUGUUCAAAAUGGUUGGGGAAAAAAAUCGGAAAACCUUUUGGAAAAUGCAUCUAUUAUUUUCCAAGUUCCAUGUGUGAGAUGAACUGGGAGGGGCUCGUUAGCUAAAGUUCUCAGCGGCGAAGGCACAUCUGGAUAGAAAUUCUAGAUUUCAGAUAAAAACAAACAGAGCUUGGGCCAUCCAGUUUUAGGCAUGGAUGAUUUAAUGACAGCUUCAAGUUUGGUUACUCAUAUAGCACUGUCCCCUGCAGCUCAACUCAAACCAUGGAAAGCAUCCCGACAUGUAUAUAAUAAUGGAUUGAAAUGAAUACGUCUAAUAGCUUAUCUUCCUCUGCAGAAAGCACACAUUUAGCUGUAUGAAGAACAAAAAAGAAAAUCACUGAUAUAAGGUGGAAUGUUGAAAGCAAAAAAAAAAAAAAAACUCUAAUACAUUUCACGUUAGAUAACAUAAAAGUCGAGUCUGAAAAAGUCAAAAGAAAGAAAUGCGCAGGGAACUAGUAAAAAACUUUUAUUUAAAACCUAAUCUGAGAUGGGUUGAAACAAUAAUGCUGAAACACUCAAACGGGGGCGCGAAACAAUUUCUUCUUUGUAAGUGGCCAUUUCUACGUCUUCCAUUCAAAACAAUAUGCACUGCCAAUAGUACGGCAAUGGGUUUACAGUCUUACAAACCGAGUGUGUCCGUCACAUAUUAUGGCU